AUGGGUGUUAAUUUGGUUCAGCACGGCGGCAAGCGAGACGACGACGGCGGCAGCGGCGGCGGCGGCAGCAAGCGCGAAGACACGGACACGAGCGGCUCGCAGACGCCGACAACGCGCGAUCCGUCGCCGCCGUCGUCAUCGUCGUCGUCCGCGAAGCGGGCGGAGGACGGCGACAGCCACGACCCGAUCGUGAAGCGCUACGCCGGCAUGGACUCGCUCGGACUCGCCGGCGACGCCCGCCUGCCCGGCGACAGCCCCUACACGCCCCCUGGUGGCGACGAGGACGACGACGAGCCGUACGACCCGGCGGCGGAGCCGUACGACGCGGGCGCGGCGGUUGCCGGGGGCAACGGAGGGGAGGUCGACGAUGCGGAGCGGUCGAGGUCGAGCACGAACGACCUGAUGAAGAAACUCGCGCAGAUGAAGAACCCGGUGGAGAUGACGUCGAGCAUCCUGUCGUCGCUGUCCGACUCGAGCGCGACUCUGGAGGAGCAGAAGGAGUUGCUGCGCGAACUCAGCCACAAGGUCGAGGAGCAGAAGCGCCACAUCGAGAUGCGGCAGCUCAGCGAGUGCGCAGCAUCCGCCGCCACGGCAACCGCAGCGUCGCGGGCUCCGCCCGACGAAGCAGCCGCCGCUGCCGCGCCGAAGCCGCACCGAGGUGCCGCGCAGCCAGCGCGCGCCCCUUGA